AUGAGCUAUCACUCUCAAUCCCACUUUGAUCCUAGCCCUCGCCGCCUUCCAUCUGUACCACAUGAAUCCAGACGUGCCUCUCGCCCGCUACCAAAAAUUCCGCGGGCACUAAUGUGCAAGCAAUGCCUGACAUGCAUCACGUCCAACAAUGUUCUCCUUCCUCUAUCAGCUAUUCCCCCGGAUUCUCGUUCUUUCAAGGGGUUUUCAGGCAAAGCAUCGCUAUUCACAGAGACAUAUAAUGUAAAAUUGUCGAAACCGGGAGUGCAGCUCAUGGCUACGGGCGCGCACACCAUGCAAGAAAUUACCUGCUUGACAUGCUCUUCUUAUCUGGGAUGGAAAAUUGUGCGCGCCCAUGAAGAGUCGGAGCGGUGGAAAGAGGGAAAUUGUCUGCUAGAGCUUGAAAAUCUUCAUGUCCAAAUCGACACCAUUGCGCCUUUGAAUCUCCCGUCCAAUCCAAGCCGGCCAGACUCUGACUCCGGUUCGGAUUCUGGCUUCUAA